AUGAUUUCAAGAAAACUUCUCUGUAUCGCUCAAAAGAACCUUUGUGAAUGUGAGACGAUCAUUUACUGCAACAGACGCUGUGCUGUUUCUUCGGCAUUAGCUAAAAUAUUUAAGAAGAAGAAAAAGGAUAAUGAGUUAACGGACAAGUUGAAAUCUGACUCGGAAGAACAAGGUUUUUCUCUUUUCAAGAGACAUGUUAACGAACCCACGAGUUUAAACUUUCCCAAUGAAAGAGGUAUUGAAAAUUAUAACCCGAAAAUGCCACUGAAAGACCUAUUAGCGGCAACACCAGAAGUUCUUCGAGAGGAAGCAAAAAAGUACAAAAAGGAGUUAAAAGAUCGUUGGACUAUCGAUCUUGACAAAAAACAAUUUUUCGAAGAGCUUGGCCAUCUGCAACACGGAGAAACCAGAAAGGAGUUCAUCUUUGACUCGCCAGAGGCCAUUGCGUUGUGGAAUACCGGUUGUGAUGCAGAUGAAGGCUACGGCUACUCACACUGUGAGCUUGUUCCGACAGACCGCAAGACUGCAAUUUUCCGUGGAUAUCUGUCGACGGAAGUUGUGAAAGAUGGUGUGCACGAAAGGUCUGGGUGGGCAUCCAUGAAGCUUAACCUUACACGUGCUUUUCGUCGCAAAAAGUACUUUAAAAGAUGGGCCAGCUUCUCACACCUUCUGGUCAAGUGUCGUGGUGACGGUCGCUCAUACAAGCUGAUGUUGCAUUGCCCUGGAAUGUUUGAUAUAACUUGGGGAAACUCAUAUUCCUGCCCCUUACAUACGCAUGGAGGGCCUUACUGGCAAUACGAGAAAAUACCAUUCUCAAAGUUCUUUCAUACUGUCGUUGGUCGCAUUCAAGACCAGCAGAUACCCGUAUUCUUAAAAGAAGUGAGCUCUAUGGCUAUAGUACUAAUGGAUAGGAUGGAUGGCGACUUCUCAUUAGAAAUUGAUUUUAUAGGCGUUUGUCACGACAGAACUCACUAUGAAGAAUUUGCUUACGAGACCUAUGCAGUCCCGAUAUUCAAUACUAAAGGAAUUUAA